CCUCCGGAGAGUCCAAAGACUAGGCCGGCCGGACGCCCCUUCUGGCACACUCCCUGGGGCAGGCGCUCCCGCACGCUAGCUCUCACACUCCCCGUUCCCUCCCUCGCGCCCUUUCCCAUCCUUUCUCCAGAGCUAGGUCGGGACCCCCCCCAUCUCUCUCUCCCUCUCUCUUUCCCUCCCUACCCGCCCCUUCCCUCCCCUCCCCCCACCCCUCGCGUACGCCAGUCGGAGACUCUAGGCUCGGGCGACCUUUAUUUCGUGCCCACCUGCACCUCUGCGCCCCAGGCGCAGCCCUCCCUCGCGCUCCCCUUGCGCUUCAGGCUCUGACCGUCGCAGCUAGGGGGGCUGCAUCCCUCCCCCCCACCGCGGGACUCGCCCCCUGCCCCGCUGCUUCUUCUUCCCGCCGGGGUGCGCCGGCUGCCCGGGACCGGUCGCCGAGAAGACCAUGGUACCAGAGCGUACCCGCCGCGGUGCCCGCUGAGGCCAUGCCGCGCCCGGGGCGCCCAGCCGGCGCCCGCCAGCUCCGACUCCUGCUCCUGCCGCCGCUGCUGCUGCUGCUCCCCGGCAGCCAAGCGGACAACCUGACGGUGGCCGUGGUGCUGCCUCUGGCGAACACCUCGUACCCGUGGUCGUGGGCGCGCGUGGGGCCGGCGGUGGAGCUAGCCCUGGCCGCGGUGAGGGGACGGCCCGACCUGCUGCCUGGCUGGACAGUGCGCACCGUGCUGGGCAGCAGCGAGAACGCGUUAGGCGUCUGCUCCGACACCGCUGCACCCCUGGCCGCGGUGGACCUCAAGUGGGAGCACAACCCGGCGGUGUUCCUGGGCCCGGGCUGCGUCUACGCGGCCGCCCCGGUGGGACGCUUCACCGCGCACUGGCGGGUGCCGCUGCUGACCGCCGGCGCCCCGGCGCUGGGCUUCGGAGCCAAGGACGAGUACGCGCUGACCACCCGCGCGGGGCCCAGCCACGCCAAGCUCGGCGACUUCGUGGCGGCGCUGCACCGACGGCUGGGCUGGGAGCGCCAGGCGCUGGUGCUGUACGCCUACCGCCCCGGCGACGAUCAACCCUGCUUCUUCGUCGUGGAGGGCUUGUUCAUGCGGGUCCGCGACCUCCUUAACAUCACCGUGGACCACCUGGAGUUCGCCGAGGGAGACCACCACCUCUACACCAGGCUGCUGCGGACAGUGCAGCGCAAAGGCCGAGUUAUCUACAUCUGCAGCUCCCCAGAUGCCUUCCGAACCCUGAUGCUCCUGGCCCUGGAAGCUGGCCUGAGUGGGGCAGACUAUGUGUUCUUCCACCUGGACCUCUUUGGGCAAAGCCUGCAAGGUGCACACGGCCUUGCCCCCCGCAGACCCUGGGAAAGAGGGGAUGGACAGGAUGUCAGUGCCCAUCAGGCCUUUCAGGCCGCCAAAAUCAUUACAUAUAAAGAGCCCGAGAAUCCUGAGUACUUGGAAUUCCUGAAGCAGCUAAAACACUUGGCCCAAGAACAGUUCAACUUCACUGUGGAGGACGGCCUGGUGAACACCAUUCCCGCAUCCUUUCACGAUGGGCUCCUGCUCUAUGUCCAGGCAGUGGCAGAAACCCUGGCACAUGGGGGCACUGUCACUGAUGGGGAGAGCAUCACUCAGCGAAUGUGGAAUCGAAGCUUUCAAGGAGUGACAGGACACUUGAAGAUAGACAGCAAUGGAGACAGGGAGACUGACUUCUCUCUCUGGGAUAUGGAGCCUGAGACUGGUGCCUUCAGGGUUGUUCUGAACUACAACGGGACUUCCCAAGAGCUGGUGGCCAUGUCAGAGCGCAAACUGUACUGGCCCCUGGGAUACCCACCUCUUGACAUUCCCAAAUGCGGCUUUGAUAAUGAGGACCCAGCCUGCAACCAAGACCACUUUUCCACCCUGGAGGUGCUGGCUUUGGUGGGCAGCCUGUCUCUGCUCAGCAUUCUAAUCGUCUCCUUCUUCAUAUACAGGAAGAUGCAGCUGGAGAAGGAACUGGCCUCAGAGCUGUGGCGGGUGCGAUGGGAGGAUGUGCAGCCCAGCAGCCUGGAGAGGCAUCUCCGGAGUGCAGGCAGCCGGCUGACCCUGAGUGGGAAAGGCUCCAACUAUGGUUCCCUGCUCACCACAGAAGGCCAGUUCCAAGUCUUUGCCAAGACAGCGUAUUACAAGGGCAACCUCGUGGCUGUGAAGCAUCUGAACCGAAAACGCAUUGAACUGACACGAAAAGUCCUGUUUGAACUGAAGCAUAUGCGAGAUGUACAGAAUGAACACCUGACCAGGUUUGUGGGUGCCUGCACUGACCCCCCCAACAUCUGUAUCCUCACGGAAUACUGUCCCCGAGGGAGCCUACAGGACAUUCUGGAAAACGAGAGCAUCACCCUGGACUGGAUGUUCCGGUACUCUCUCACCAAUGACAUCGUCAAGGGCAUGCUGUUCCUGCACAAUGGAGCCAUUUGCUCCCAUGGGAACCUCAAGUCAUCCAACUGCGUGGUGGACGGGCGCUUUGUGCUCAAGAUCACUGACUAUGGGCUGGAGAGCUUCAGAGACCCGGAGCCUGAGCAAGGACACACCCUCUAUGCCAAAAAGCUGUGGACGGCCCCUGAACUCCUGCGGAUGGCCUCGCCUCCAGCGCGGGGCUCCCAGGCAGGUGACAUCUACAGCUUUGGGAUCAUCCUGCAGGAGAUUGCCCUGAGGAGUGGAGUCUUCCACGUGGAAGGUCUGGACCUCAGCCCUAAAGAAAUCAUUGAGCGUGUGACCCGGGGAGAGCAGCCCCCCUUCCGGCCCUCCCUGGCCCUGCAGAGUCACCUGGAGGAGCUCGGGCAGCUGAUGCAGCGCUGCUGGGCUGAGGACCCACAGGAGCGGCCGCCUUUCCAGCAGAUCCGCCUGCUGCUGCGCAAAUUCAACAGAGAGAACAGCAGCAACAUCCUGGACAACCUGCUGUCCCGCAUGGAGCAGUAUGCCAACAACCUGGAGGAACUGGUGGAGGAGCGCACCCAGGCCUACCUGGAGGAGAAGCGCAAGGCCGAGGCCCUGCUCUACCAGAUCCUGCCACACUCUGUGGCUGAGCAACUGAAACGUGGGGAGACAGUUCAAGCAGAAGCCUUUGACAGCGUUACCAUCUACUUCAGUGACAUUGUGGGUUUCACAGCACUGUCAGCAGAGAGCACCCCCAUGCAAGUGGUGACCCUGCUUAAUGACCUGUACACUUGCUUUGACGCUGUGAUUGACAACUUUGACGUGUACAAGGUGGAGACGAUCGGCGACGCCUACAUGGUGGUGUCGGGUCUCCCGGUGCGCAACGGGCGGCUGCACGCCCGCGAGGUGGCUCGCAUGGCCCUGGCGCUCCUGGAGGCCGUGCGCUCCUUCCGCAUCCGCCACCGGCCGGAGGAGCAGCUGCGCUUACGCGUAGGCAUCCACACAGGGCCGGUGUGUGCCGGUGUGGUGGGGCUCAAGAUGCCGCGCUACUGUCUCUUUGGGGACACGGUCAACACGGCCUCGAGAAUGGAGUCUAACGGAGAAGCCCUGAAGAUCCACUUAUCUUCUGAGACCAAGGCAGUCCUGGAGGAGUUUGGUGGUUUUGACCUGGAGCUUCGAGGGGAUGUUGAAAUGAAGGGCAAAGGCAAAAUUCGAACCUACUGGCUCCUGGGGGAGCGAGGUAGCAGCACUCGAGGUUGACCUGCUUCCAGUCCUGGCCUUCUACACCUCCUUCCCUGUGCUACACCUCAGCCUCACCCACAGUAGCCCCAACAUUGCCAAAGGAUCAGAGAUGUGGUUUGAGCAGCUCAGGUGUGCUGACUCCAGAUACUUACCUCUGAAAGAGGACUGGUGUGGGGAGAACUUGGCGUUGCCAGGACUGGACCAAAGCACUCAGUGGCACAACCCAGGCAUAGGCACCUCCUCUACCCUGACUCGAGCCAGGCUGGGGUAUGGAUUCCUGGAUCCUCCUGGCCCUUUUUCUGCCCCUCCUGGUGCCCUCAGCCUCCUACACUGUGACUUCUUUGGGGGGGGGGAAGAGCCCCCUUUGGGGGAAUGGUAAAAGGGACUUGAGGGUGAAUCUAGAGAGUGGGGGAGUCCACACAGGCCACAAGCAGACCACUGUCCUCUAUACCCAACGCUGGAUACAGCGCUGGCACAGGGAGAAGAGUGGCACAGUGGCACUGGGCCUGUGUGCCUGCUUCUCCUGUGAGCAGAGACCAUUAAAGUCUUUA